AUGCUAAGCAGUGCCGAUCGCAAAAUCCAAGUCGGUGAUGAUUUCCAAGCAAGGGUCGAUGAGUCGCAGAAGGCUGAACAGGAACUUGAAAUGUCAGAAGAAGACGAAAGAGAGCACGUUAUGUGGCGUCCUCCUGGUGAUCUUGAUGAAACUAAGCUCCUAGAAUUUUGUGAAGAUGCGAUAGGAGUGUAUAAGCUGAGCUAUGAUCGGGCGUUAUAUCUCUUGCAAAAAUCGAACUUCGACUUUGAUGUUGCUCGGGAAAAAAUGAAAACGCGUCGCCUUAUCACAGAGGAGUGGAGUGAAGAUGAUCGAACUCUUUUCAAACAAGCAUUUCAUAUGUUUGGGAAAAGGUUCGACAAGAUUCGUCAGACGAUGCCGCACCGUUCGAUGGCGUCAAUCAUCCAAUUUUACUAUAACACAAAGAAGGACACCGAUUACAAGAGCCUUUUUGAUAGUCGAAUGGCAGAUGACUCAGAUGAUGCAGAUGGGUGA